AUGGGUUGGGAAGUGCAUCCAUACCAUUCAGUGUUCGUUUCGGAUCUCCUGGGGCUUGCGUCCGAGGGAUGCUCGUGGUCAGAGUCUCUCCAGCGCGGUCGACGCAAACGUGCCGGUGCCUGGCGAGACGUUUUCCGCGCUGCGCUUCAGCGCCGCGCAGAGAACGCUGUGCAGUUCGUCUGGGCACCGGCGCGCAGGGACAUCGAGAGCGUGCUUGACGAUCCACAAGAGGUUGAGUGUUGGCUCGGCAAUGCCUGGGCAGAUUGCUUCGCGAAUGCUGGAGUGGCCCACCAUCUCAUCGCGAACGCGGCGAGCGAGUCGUCCUUCCAGGCCUUGAACAUGAGUCGGGGGACGAUUUUUUGA